AUGAUCAUAUCUGUUGAAUACUAUGGUAGCGAGUCAAAGAAUGCAAUGGAAAUUCCUGGUGACCAUAUUACUGCUGCGGAUUUCAAAGAGCGUCUUGAGGCUCACUUUAAUCUGAAGUUGGAUAGUAAAGCAUUCAUGUAUGUGGAAGGUCUUCCCUACUCUUUCGGGGAAAUGUUGGAGCAGAACGAAACACUCAAAAAUACGGGAUUACAUGAACAAAGCUAUUGUUUAGUUUCUUCAACGUUUGAAAAGCGCUGUAUAAUUCAGUCCAUUGGAAUUACAGAGGAUAAAAUGGCGAACUUAAUUAGAUCUAUCAAAGUUAAGCAUGAGAACUUCAAAGCAUUGCGUAAUUACAUGAUAGCUCAAAGAGGGGGUUCCGAGUUGUAUCAAUCUCUACGUCAGAGCACGAAUAAUUAUAUCAUGCACACUGCAGCGCAUUCCUACCCCACUUUGAUAGGUCACUAUGAAGAACAUCCUGAUGAUCUCGGAAGUUUCCUGAUGUUGUUCACGGCGUCGUUUUUGGAACAACAGAGAGCCGCUCAACAACCAAUAUCUGAAGCGCAGAAAAUAAUCCAUAGGAACAAGGCUGAGGCUAUUGAGGAAAAUCCUGAAAUGCUCAUCGAAACUAAUAUGCUCUAUUUCCGCACGAAGAUUAACGGAGUGGAAAUUGUUGCUUUUGUAGACACUGGUGCACAACAAUCUCUGAUAUCCCCGCGAUGUGUUCGAAACUGUAAUCUAGAACAUCUUAUCGACCAGGGUUCAUCCAGAACUUUCUAUGGAAUAGGUGGCAUUCAGAAGAGUUACGGGCGGAUAUGGAAAGCUGAUAUUGAAGUAACAGGACAUCAAGUUCCUGUAUCAUUGCAUGUUGUUGAUGGAGCUCAUGACAUGCUACUAGGAUUGGAUAUCAUGCUGCGACAUCGUGCAGUUAUUGACUUAGCGAAUCGAACAAUCACAUUUGGAUCAGCCAUUGGAAAGUUCUUAACUGACGAAGAGUCUGCGUUGAUGCGUCGAGAGGAGGCUGAGAGAAGACUCGAAGAUAUGGACACUGAUCCAAGCGUGUAA